AUGAAGCUGAUUACUGCCAAUUUUUUGACCUGUGCCGUCAAAGGAUGCAAGGCAUCACCGGCGUCGUUCCCACUUCAUUUUAGGGAUGCGGAACUUGAGCUGCAGGAGCUUGAUUUUCAACCUGAUUUCAUUCGUAACAUUGUCCCUCGGAUUGAUUGGCAUGCAUUGCAGAUAAUGGCAAAUGAGCUUGGGUUCCCCAAAAUUCUGGAUAAGAAGCCCGAGGGCGAUGAGCUCAAGGAUGAGCAAAUAUUAAAGGAGCUUCAUCGAUUAUUAUUGGAAACGCAUAUUAAUGAGGGAAAAUUGACUUGUGGUAAUUGUGGGCAUGAGUACUUGAUCAAAGAGGGGAUCGCAAACUUCCUUCUACCGAGUCAUUUGGUCUAA